AUGACAGCGGUCAUCACGCCGUGGCACCAGGGGGAGGUUGCCGUGCACGACUUGCUCAAAGUGCCAACUAAGGGCAACCCUACUGCUGCUGGCUUUCCUACCCGCUACGAGGAGCGUCUCCUGCAGUCGCCUUUAGUUGCUGUAGGUACCGUCGACGACCAGGGUAGGCCAUGGACAAUCAUAUGGGGUGGCCAACGAGGGUUUGCCCAAAGGACCGCCGAAGACGUGAUCAGCUUGACCAGUGCUGUUGACAUGUCCUCAGAUCCUGUAUUUGAGGCUCUCUGGACCGAUCAGCCACGGAGUGGAGUGAUCCAAGGUCGAGGGAGACCAAUGAGUGGGCUUACCGUCGAUUUGGAGACAAGAGACAGGAUCAAGAUUGUGUCAAGUAGGAUGGUCGCCGGAAGUGUAGAAAAUGGGAAAGUACAGAUUACAAUGCACGUUACAGGAAGCUUAGGAAACUGCCCGAAGUAUAUCAGCAAGAAGGAGAUCUCGCCGGCAAGUGUUGAGAAGGCUCGGUGUACGAGCCGUGGGCUACCUCUGAGCGCAGAAGCAUUAGAACACCUGGACCAAGCGGAUAUGUUCUUCCAUUCUACCACGAACGGUGAGAGUAUGGACACAAACAUCAGAGGAGGCCUGCCAGGAGUGUACUCCAAUAUCCUCCCUAUGUGUAAAAACGGGAUACAAGACGCUGAUUUGAUUAUAGACUCGGGUAACAGAUUAUAUCAGUCAUUGGGCAACCUCUAUUUGAACCCAGCUAUGGGUGUUGUGGUGCCCAACUACGAUACCGGGGAUGUGCUUUACCUUACGGGCACAACAUCUAUUCUCACAGGAGAUCAAGCUUCGUCCAUCAUCGCAAGGACCAACUUGGCGGUCAAAAUCGAUGUCACAGAUGCUCGCUUCGUCAAGUCCGGCCUGCCUUUUCGCGGGCGUUUUAUCGAUUACUCGCCGUAUAACCCACCUGUUCGAUAUCUAUUGAGUGAACAGUCCCUUGGUGUCAAACCCUCCUCCUCUGACCUUACUGCUAUGCUUGUCAAUCGAGAAUACCUUACGCCUAACAUCGGACGCUUCACGUUUGAACUAUCGUCGCAAAGUUCGGUAUGGACUCCUGGACAACAUAUUACAUUUGACUUUUACGAUCAUUUAUAUGCGGGGUAUAAACACAUGAACAACGACAACCCCCAAAGUCUCAACGAUGACUUUGUGAGGACAUUCACCAUAUCCAAUGUUUAUGCCGGCGAUGGCAAGGUCGUCAUUACGGUGAAAAGACAUGGUCCAGCAACAAACCUCUUGUGGCAACACCCUCUGGAUGGAACUUUAAAGAUUGCAGUCAUGGGCUUCGGCGGGAAAGAGUCGUUCCACAUGGUCAAAGGACGUAAGAACAUCUUUGUGGCCGGUGGUGUGGGCAUUACACCUAUGCUUGCCCAGGCCUCCAGUACAAUGGAAGGGGAGAAUGGAAAGAAGGUCAAGGUAUUAUGGAGUCUCAGAGCUGAAGAUUUAUCGCUGGCGGAAGACUCGUUCAAAAACAUCCACGGUUUAGCAGCAGCAACCAAGCUGUUCGUAACGGGUAAGAUUGCGGCGCUGGGCGGUCAAGAACAUGAUGUGGUGGAGAGACUGAGAGACCUUGGGGCAGAAGUCAAGAUUCGGCGGAUGGUGGAAGACGAUUUUUCUUGUCACAAAAGAAACGGCGCUAAAUUUUACCUGUGUGCGGCACCACAGCUGCUUGGAAAUCUCACAAAAUGGUUGGCCGACGAGGACAUUGUGUGGGAAGAUUUUGGCUAUUGA